UUUCAGACAGACAAUGCAAUGAUGCAGCUCCCAGAUGAACUAGAAAUGUCUGAAAGUGGAAGAACAAUCCAAUCUGAUUGGAUUAUCGGAAUUUUAAUGAUGAUUGUUUCAAUGUCAUGUGCAAUUGCUUAUUAUUUAAUUUUAUCGAUCAUCUACAAAGACAAGGAGCUUUUCCGAAUGGCUAGUUAUCGAUUCAUGUUUUUUCUUGGAAUUUUCGAUGUAUUCCAGUGCCUACCACAUUUUGUUACAGGAAUUUUUACUAUAAAACAAUCAGUUUUCCAUCCAGCACUUGCUAAAGCAAUGGGAAUGAUUGCUACUCCAUGUUAUGUUACUUUCACCCUUUUGACUAUAUUUUUAUCUUUUAAUCGAUUUAUUCAAUUAUCAUCACCUACACUCGAAAAUUUAUUUUUUGGAGGAAGGCGGUGGAUGAUUUGGAUAGGAAUCGCCACCUCAUUCUGGGUUCUCUUCGUAUUGGCAUUAGCUUCGCCUUGGGCAACAAUCCGUUAUAUUCCUGAUUGGUAUUCGUGGGAUUAUGACACAAACCUACCGUACUCCCAUAUUGUCCAGAAAAUUGAAAUGUGUAUUGAAAUUGGCGGGAUUUUCGUGUCUGCUUUCUUCUAUAUUUUGAUUAUUAUUCGAUUAUUGAACACAAAGAAAAAGUACUUGAUCUCGAAAAAUUACAAUGCAGAGGUCAAGAUUUUGAUUCAAGCUACAGUAAUUACAGUUUAUUGUACUGUGCUCAAUGUGCUAUGGCAUAAUUAUUCGUGGAUGCUUCCUCAACAUUUAUGGAGCUAUACAGCAUUGAACUUUAUGUGGAUAUGCAAUAGUGCAGUACAUCCAAUUAUUUAUUUUAUUGUUAAUAAAGCCCUGCGUCAUAAAAUUGGUGUAAAACGGACUGGAACCGCGUUGGGACCUGUUUCAGUAUUCGAACAUAAGCACAAAAUGGAAACACGCACAGAUCAUACAAUGGUUUCUGUUAAAUAUUGAUUUUUUAUUGUAAUUUGUUUUGUAUUAAAAAUGCCAAUACAACUCUGAAUUUGUUUAAUGCCAAAAAGAGAACACCUGUUUCAGAAAUUCAGAAUGUUGAAAGUAAAUUUCAGACUUCAAACUUUUGCAUGGACAUGGAUAGGCAAAAAAAAAAUUUUAAAAUCAUGUCAUUAAUAGAAUAAAAAUUUCGAAAAUA